AUGGCAGAGCUCGGUUCGCGAUCUCGGGUUCGAGACGCGUCUCCGCUACCGUCUGGAACGGUUGAAUCUCCUGCUUAUCCCUCCCUGGCGACAGGCUUCAAACAUACCCGAAAACGUGAUCUGGAUGGGAUUCGAGAGGCCAGAGCUGGCACGGCCGCUUCGAGUACCACACUUGGUCAGUUUUCUUUCGCUCCCGCCACCCGGACUACGGUCGUGACUACCACGACGACUACCACGACCAAUUUCCCUCCGCUCGUACUGAAUGCACCACGGUCGACCCGCGAACUCGACCCAAAGCUCUACCCCCUCGCUGCAGCACCAACUCCUACUUCUUUGAGGCACUUCAAAUUCGAACUUGGAGGAAAAUCGAUCGUGUUUAACGAACCGGAGGACACCGCUGGCGCGCUCCAGGAGUUGAAAGAACAGCAUGAGGCAUUGAAAGCCUCGAACGGUGUUCUCAGAUCGGUCACUGUCUACGAUUCACCCAAGCAACCGACCUCCUCCCAUCGAUUAUCUCGACAGCCAGCGAGUCACCCGUCAAGUCUCAAACGUCGGCCUGUGUCUCCGGUUUCGAUUUCAGAAUCUGCUAAAAAUGGACGCAGAACACGGUCAUUGGCAGUUCCCUCCGAGCCAGGUUCGCUCCAGAACCAGGAGCAGCCUCAACGCGACCAGGCUGUGUCCGCCGCUCAUCCUUCGGUGAUGGGCUUGGCCACCCCGAAGACUGAAACGAGUCGUUUGCAGCUUGGAGAGAGUUCUGUUCUAAGGAGGAGAAUCCACAAUGGCAGACUCGGACGGAAGGAAAACUCAGGAUCCCCUGUGCCUGAAGGAGUUGAUUCGCGUGAUGUUACACGAACUUCGUAUCCGAAGCAGCCGCUUCCCAAAGACGGCUCACGGGCAAGUCCCUUAGGGAGUGAGCGAACGCCGGUUUCAGAACGUCGUGUCCUUUCCAAUCAGGAGUCUCAGGAUUCGCAGUCUUCCCUGGAGGACGAAGAUGGCGUUGGUGAAGCGGCGGGGUCUGGACAGGAAACCAUUGACGAGCCGUCUGCGGAGCACCAGCCACAGCGGACCGCAUCUGCCGCGUCAAGUUUGGCUGCUAUCGACAGUGCUAUUGCUCAAGACAUGUGUCUGCCCAGUCCGAGUCUGUCUCCUGUGACGGCGAUGAACACUCACAAUGCAGAUUCCUUUUUCGAUCUCACUGAGGAUCAGGGAACUGAUACCGACUCCAGUUUCGAGAACCAAAUUUCGAAUCAACAAACGACUAUCAGUCUACGAGGCGAGCAGGCUGGCUCUUCCAGCAGCUCCACGACGGAAAGGUCGUACAAUGAAGUCAAGACGUCAUCUGCGUCUUUGAUGGAUAUUCCAGUCAUUUUGGAUUUCUUCGACUCAGUUCCAGGCGCGAUGAAGAACUACCUCAUGUAUCAGCUCUUGAAGCGUUGUCCCAAGCCCACCUUACAAUUCAUCGCUGACGUGGUCAACCCCGCCCUGAAGUGCGACUUCUUGGCUCAGUUGCCUUUGGAACUGAGCUUGAACAUCGUGAAAUAUUUUGAUUUUCGUACGAUGUGCCGUGCCGCCCAGGUGUCCAAGAAAUGGAGGCACAUCGUCAAUUCAGAUGAGAAGACAUGGAAAGAACUUUUCGACAGGGACGGUUUCACACUGCCAGAAGGCGAAUUGCAGCGCGCUAUAAGAGAAGGUUGGGGCUGGCAGUUUCCUAACGGAAAGGACGACUAUGAAAAAGAUCUUAGCGCAUCAAUUGUUAGGACUGAUUCCGACGCACCUGUUGUUGAACCCUCACCAGCGACCGCUUCUGCGGAUGGAAAUAUGGCGACCUCAUCUUUCACCCGUCGUCCGAAAAGGAAGGCUGCUACUCGGGUUUCAAGUCGUAAACUAGCGAAGAGAAAGAUUUCAUCCGCCGGAGGUGAAACUUCAGAUUCGGUGGAUUGGACAAAGGAGAUUGCGUCGUUAGAAGGACCAUACGCCGCUGCUAAUGCUGCCGCCGCUGCCGUUCCCUACCCGGACGUGGGACUGCCAUCUCUUAGAAGCUUGCAUCUAUACAAGUCUCUUUAUCAGCGCCAUUACUCGAUCCGCCAGAGUUGGAUGCGACGGGACAUAAAACCAAAGCAUAUUGCUUUCCGUGCUCACGAUCGUCAUGUCGUGACAUGCCUGCAAUUUGACACGGAUAAAAUCCUGACGGGGAGCGAUGACCAAAAGAUCCAUGUGUACGAUACCAAGACCGGCGCUCUGAAAUCUGUGCUCCGAGGUCACGAAGGUGGUGUUUGGGCAUUGGAAUAUCAUGGCAAUACUUUAGUGUCCGGCUCCACCGACAGGACGGUAAGGGUGUGGGAUAUCGAAAAGGCGAAAUGCACGCAAGUCUUCCAUGGUCAUACAUCUACUGUUCGGUGUCUGCAAAUCUUACUUCCCGCUGAGGUUGGUAAAAACGCCGAUGGCACUCCAGAAAUGAUGCCCAAGGAACCGCUCAUUAUCACUGGUUCCCGUGAUUCGACCCUACGUGUCUGGAGGCUGCCCAAACCAGGUGACCCUACCUAUGGGCUUGAUGAUGGACCACAUGGUGAUGGCACAGACUGUCCUUAUUUCAUUCGUGUCCUAAGUGGACAUCAGCACUCUGUUCGGGCGAUUGCUGCGCAUGGCGACACUCUGGGUCACACGCUCAAAGUGUACAGCGUCGUUCUUGACCACGCGAGAAAUCGUUGCAUCAGUGGAUCAAUGGACAAUAUGGUCAAAGUGUGGUCCCUUGAGAAUGGAUCUUUGCUUUACAAUCUCGAAGGCCAUACGUCCCUCGUCGGUCUUCUUGACCUGAAAAAUGAUCGUCUAGUCUCGGCAGCGGCCGAUUCUACACUCAGAAUAUGGGAUCCAGAGACUGGCCAAUGCAAGAGCACGUUGAGCGCACACACCGGUGCGAUCACAUGCUUUCAACACGAUGGUCAGAAAGUCAUAUCAGGAUCCGACCGCACUCUGAAGAUGUGGGAUGUGCGGACAGGGGAAUGUGUCAAGGAUCUUCUUACCAACCUCAGCGGCGUGUGGCAAGUCAGAUUCAAUGAUCGCAGAUGUGUUGCUGCCGUUCAGCGGGACGGUCUGACUUACAUUGAGGUUCUCGAUUUCGGCGCUUAUCGUGAUGGCGUUCCCGAACAUCGACUCGGGAAGCGCAUACUGGUUGACCACAGGGGUUGUGAAGCUAGUGAAGAGGCUGAUGAUGAUGUUCUGGAUUACGAAAUCGUGAACGGUUAA